UUUACAUGCAUUAUAAUGUCAACCUGCUUCCUACUCCGGAGAUUACUCUGAAAGACAGAGCUGUGCACACGGCAAGCCGCUCUCUUGUGAAACUUACGAUGGCUCGGCGGCCAAGAAACAGUGUUUACAGUAGUGAGGAGGAGGACGAUGAGAUUGAGAUGUAUGACCAUGACUAUGAUGGGCCUCUGGCCAAGGCAGGAAAACGCCAUCUUGGCAAAACACGCUGGACCCGGGAGGAGGAUGAAAAAUUAAAAAAGCUGGUUGAGCACCAUGGUUCAGAGGACUGGAAAAUAAUUGCCAGUUUUCUGCCUAACAGAACAGAUGUGCAGUGUCAGCACCGUUGGCAGAAAGUUCUCAAUCCAGAACUCAUCAAAGGUCCCUGGACCAAAGAGGAGGACCAGAGGGUCAUAGAGCUGGUCCAGAAGUACGGCGCCAAGCGCUGGUCCGUCAUCGCCAAGCACCUGAAGGGGCGCAUCGGCAAGCAGUGCCGCGAGCGCUGGCACAACCACCUGAACCCCGAGGUGAAGAAGACCUCCUGGACGGAGGAGGAGGACAGGAUCAUCUACCAGGCCCACGAGAAGCUGGGCAACCGCUGGGCUGAGAUCGCCAAGCUGCUCCCUGGCAGGACUGAUAAUGCUAUCAAGAACCAUUGGAACUCCACCAUGAGGCGCAAAGUGGAGCAGGAGGGUUAUCUGCAGCACGCCAACAAGUCCAGCGCCGCCUCUAUGGCCGUCGCCACAGGUUACGGCAAGGCCAACCACAUCUUGGCCUUCUCCCACCACUCGCCCAAUCAUGUGCAGCUCCCACCCUUGUCCCCCCUAUCGACCAACUACAACUGCUACAUUUCUGACACACACAGGGUUCCCUUUCCUGUGUCGUUGCAUUUCAACAUCCGGAACAUUCCACAGCAUGGAACAGCUGCUAUACAGAGACACUAUAAUGAGGAGGACCCAGAGAAGGAGAAAAGAGUGAAAGAGAUUGAACUGCUGCUGAUGUCAACAGAGAAUGAACUGAGAGGCCAGCCUUCACAGCCAAUGAUACCAUCAUUUCUGAACUGGAUAAACCAGGGCUCUCUGACAGACAGCUUAGAGGGCGUGACCUCACACCCCCACCAGGCAGCCGCCCCAGCCCCGCCCCUCGACCAGGGGUGCCUCCCAGAAGGCAGCGCCUCGUCGGCACGCAGCCUGGGUGCUGUCGUCCACGGCAACCACAAUAACAACAACAACAACAGCAACAACAGCUCCAAUCUUUCCGGCCUGCCAGAGUCAGAGUUCAUGGAGUCAGUGAUCGACUCGUUUCUCAACCAAUCAACAAGCUCGGAACACUCAGACAGCGACAGCCUAUCGAUGAGCUCACCUGUGGACACCAAACCCCUGCUGGUCACACCCUUACACCGAGACCACACCCUCCGGCUGCAGAAAGAAAACGACAUGUUCAGGACUCCCAACAUCCGACGUUCUAUCAUGGAGUCCACUCCUCGCACGCCCACUCCCUUCAGGUCGGCCUUGACCCAGGAAUCCAAAUACGGAUCCCUCAAACUACUGAACUCCCCUCUGGAGCAGGAAUUGGUAGAUUCCAUCAAGCAGGAGCCCAUGGAGUGUACCAUCUCAGCGGGGGGGUCGCAAGAUGAGCAUCUCCCUCUAAAGAAGAUUAAACAAGAGGUGGAGGCGCCGUGUGAGAGGAGUCCCUGCAUGCAGUGGGAUGGACAAGACCUCCACGCCCAGCUCUUCUCCCCCUCAGGCCCUGCCCAGGAAGUACCAGACCUGUUAACCAGCUCAGUGCUCAGUGAUGAUGGACACAAGUCCUACCACCUCCCCCACCGGUCCAUGGCCAGCCAACAGCAGGUGUGUGUCAACUCAGCACAUGGGAGCAGGUGGCUUGUGGGAAGACAGAGGACCAAGUCUUGGCUUUGGAGCAGAGCCACAAAUACAUGAAUACUUACUCUACGAGGACUCUGGUCAUGUAAAUACACGCACACACACAUGCACACAAAUGACAGAAGAGAAACAGAAGUUGAUUUGAAAACAUCAACAUUCCCUGCACUCUUCGAGUUUUUAAUUUUUUUAUUUUGUUGUGGUACAACAGUUGGGAGAGGCUUGAUGCCGUUUGGUGUUUUUAACACACUUGUUGGAUUUCAACCAACCAAAGACUAUUAUUUGUUUGUGUUUUGUGUUUUAUUUUAUUUGUAUUGUUUUCUGUCAAUUCUCUUUUUGCUUUUGUUAUUCUAAUAUGUAUGUUGUAUUAUAAGUGGGGAAAUGUUCCUGUAAUUUGCAGAGGGCUGUAUUCGUGAUAAUUAUUAAUUUUUCAUAUUAAUAUAAAGAACAAUCUGAUUAAUUUAUUGGUUUUAUUUUCAUGGGGACUGUUUUUUUUUUUGUUUUGUUUUUUUACAAUCGGCCAAUCAAGCAGUGUUUGAUUCCAGUAUUUCAGCCCUAAAGCUCCCUAGCAUUACACCUAACUAAAAAUGAAUGUGUCAAACAUGACCAAAUAACUGCAAACCUAUGUAUUUCAGUCACAAUACACUCUCACUGAUGACAUAGGCCCUAAUGAGGCCUUAGCAAGUGUGUUUUUGACAAGACGUUAACAUUUCACUGCUGAACACAAGCUGCAAUGUCCUCUCUUAUGUCAUCCUAACGAAUGAUUAUGGUUGAUGUUGUUAUGCUUAUGUGACAAUUGGGCCAGUCCAUUUAAGUGUUACCCCAUAUAAGAAGCUUGUGUGAGAACUACAAACAAGAUUUUACUAAAGCCUGUAUUGUAUGUUUUUGGUUUCCUUAUUUACCUUUACAGUAUACUGUAUAGGGAGACGUUUCCAUUGAACAAAUGUAUUAACUACUCUUGUGAUAAUUUUUUUAUCAAGUCAAACCUAAAGUCCAACAUAAGUUUACAGUUGUUAAUCACACUGAGAACACAUCAAGUUUGUCAGUUCUGCACUUGAAUUCCUAGUUCUCUACAAAUGUUUGUGUAAAACACUGCUAUUAUACUACAAACAAUGGCCCUGUAGUAUCACAAGUUUUAUAUAGCUGUUUUUGGUUUGAAAGGUUACUUUUGAUACUUUUUUUUAUAAUGCAUAUAAAAUCAGCAUGUUUUAUACUACAACUACAGUAGCCAAUUUUCAAACACUUAGCAAGACAAUCAUUUUUAUAUUUCAUGUGUUUUAUAGUAGCUUUCAGCAACAAAAAAGUUUUAUAAAAGCUUUUAUACAGGCCAAGAUUUCAUCUUUUUUAUAUAUUUGUAUACUGCCUUGCUAAUAAAGUUUGUCCUUUUUCAAUUACA